ACCAACUGGGAGCAUUGGAGACUUCGUGCCGGCAACUUAAAAGAUGCCGAUUUCUUCCCGACGCGCCCAAGGCUGCUUGUCAGAGACUGACAACACUAGUACUGGAUCAUUAUAAACCCAUAAUACGCAAUGGUCUCCAUAAACGUAUCCGCAGCGGGGAAGCCAAUUUCUCUGGCUCGUGGCCUCCCCAUGGUCGUGGAACUUUCAGGAAAGCAACUCGAGGACGCGACUAUUGCAGAUGUCAAGAGCGCGAUAGCUGAAAAAUAUCCUAGAUUCUACUUAGAACGCCAAAAAAUUACCCUCAAGGAUUCCAAGAAUGUUUUAGCCGAUGAUAUUACAUUGAAGGUCGCUGGUGUAGCAGAAGGCGGGGAGUUGUCUGUAAAAGACCUCGGCCCGCAAGUGAGCUGGAAAACUGUAUUCUUGGUUGAAUAUGCUGGCCCACUGUUCAUCCACCCAGUGAUCUACUACUUCCCCAAGUUGUUUUAUGGUGGUCCUGUGCAGCACAGCAUGCUACAACGCUAUGUGUUAGCAUUUGUCAUGCUGCACUUCGCCAAACGAGAGCUAGAAACGUUAUUUGUGCAUCGUUUUUCGCAUGCGACUAUGCCUUUCACGAAUAUCUUCAAGAACUCUGCUCAUUAUCACAUUGGAAGUGGCCUUGCCCUUGCGUACAGCAUUUACAGUCCUGUAUAUGGUGCUGCCUCGCCCUACAUCCGUGGCACAGUUCGCAAUGAUCCUCUGUACAUUCAAGCAGGCGCUGCUAUCUGGCUGUUCUCCGAAAUCUCUAAUCUUAUUACUCACAUCAAGCUCCGUGCCCUCCGGCCUGCAGGAAGCCGCAAACGCGCCAUUCCUCGAGGGUACGGCUUCAACCUCGUCUCGUUCCCUAACUACUUCUUCGAAUUCCUUGGGUGGUUGGUCAUCGCGGCUCUCACAGGAAGUUACGCUGCAUGGAUCUUCCUGGUCAUUUCGACGUAUCAGAUGUAUGUCUGGGCCAUUAAGAAACACCGCGGAUAUAGGAAAGAGUUUGGGAGCGAUUACCCAAGGGAUAGGAAAGCGAUGUUCCCUUUCCUUGCGUAAGUGGUGUGUGACGUAUCUUAGUAGCAUGCCAUCAUACGUGUGCGCUAUAUCCGAGGAUGAUUGCUCUCAUGUCUACGGGAACCACUAUGAUUCUCUGCGUGUUCUUACAUUUCGCCUCGUGGACCGAAGGUAAAACGCGUUUAAGAAUCAUUGAUCAUGUACAAGCCCACACGGUCGCAAACCUUUUGCAAACAGCUUACCAUUCAUACCUGGGAGCCUGGUCCGUUCAGUUCGUUUGCAAGAGUUCCUGGGUCGGUCUUAUCUGUUUUAGUGACCCACUUCUUAUUGAUCUACAGGAAGACUCUUUAUCAUGAGGGAAUUACGCCGACCUAGAAGAUGGGCUGAGGAGACAUUUGUCCUUCGUAACUCGAC